AUAAAAAAGAUUAAAUUCGAGUUGACCUUGUCAAGUUCAGCGAACAAAUCCUGUGAUAGUAGUUAUUGACGCGAGAGAAAAGGAAAUCUUCCUUUUCACUUACGGAUUCGUCUUCUUCCUUCCAAUUCGAUUAUUCAGGUUUCAAUUCUGCAGCAAUGUCCGGCCAAUCCACGGCGGUGCACAUCGUUUACACUGAGAGGCCUCACAAUGAAGAACCCGAGGCCUAUCACAUCCGAACCCUAGCUUCUGUUCUUGGCAGUCAAGACGCUGCUAGGGAGGCUCUUGUGUAUAGCUAUAAAAAUGCUGCUAGUGGCUUCUCUGCUCGGCUUACGUCCGAUCAGGUUGCGGAGAUUGCCAAACAACCAGGAGUUUUGCAGGUUGUCCAAAGCGGUAAUAAUAAGCUGCAUUCUGGAGGAGGAGCAGCAAGGCUUCAUUAGAAGAACACCAACUCUCCCCGGAAAUAUCGGUUUAUUGCCUAGAUAAGGUGUGUUUAGUAUAUAUUGGGAUCAUACUGUAUAAUACACGCACAUGUUACUAUAAGAUAGUGUUUCUUAUGGAGUUUAAAAUAAGUAAAUAAAAAAAUUACACGUAUAUCUAUUUGCUAUAAUACGUCUGGUUGUACCUUUUGGCCAUUGACAAUGAAGUGAAUGUUUUGCCUUUUA